UCGUUAACAUUUGCCUUAUUUUCAGCGAUGGAACAAAAUACAACAUUUAUAUUUCAUGUCACAUAGCUGCCUCUGUCACCCUUCUGUGGUGUGUGGGUCUGCACGAGGGUGUGUCUUCUGUGUCAGUAGUGUGGGAAAUCCAGUGAGAGAGAAGUCUGGGAGGGGCAUAGAGGGGGAGGCCCUUUCUCUCCCAUUGAUAACAGGUUCAUUCACAGAGAACCGUUUAAAACAGAUUAAUCCCUUAUGCAGCCAUUCGCUCUACUCUAAUAGGAUCCCUCCACCUCUUCCAGAAUUCGAUCCGAGGAUGCUUCUCGCCGUGUGCCGCCUGCACUGAAGCCCCAGGAACCCCAAAAGAGUGGGAUGGCCAGAGCGUGCAGGAGACCUCCGAGACCGCGGGUGUCCCCUUUGCCGCUGAGACUGCUGCUUCUGCUGCUGGGAUGCUGCCUCCUCGUGGCCGCCGGGAAGGACAAGGGGGCGGCAGGUAGGAAGGCUGCCCCGGCCUCGGGUUCCACGGGCGGUUCCUCGGGUCGCUUCGUGAGCCCAGAGCAGCACGCGUGCAGCUGGCAGCUCUUGGUGCCCGCCCCGGGAACGCCGACAGGCGGCGAGCUGGCGCUGCGCUGCAAGGCUCCGAGCGGAGCUAGCCUGCACUGCGCCUACCGCGGGCAUCCCGAGCGCUGCGCGACCUCCGGAACCCGGCGCUCGCACUACUGGAGGCGGCUGCUGGGAGCGCUGCGCAGGAGACCCCGACCCUGCCUGGACCCCGCGCCGCUGCCACCGCGCCUGUGCGCCCACAAGAAGGCGGUCGCCGAGCUGCACCCGCCGACUCGCCCUACCCUGUCUGUGAGUCCCGCCGAGCAACUCCGUCCCAGAGCGCAGAGCCGGGCCCGGCCGCGACAGCCGAUGUGGUCCUCGAGCUCACCGCCCGAGGAGAAGUCCUCGAGGGCUAAGACCAGCGCGGGCAGGAGGAAGGCGGGUUCGGAUCCGGUCCCGAAGCCUCCCGCGGUGGCCGGGCUCCAGCCGGACGGGCUGGACCAGAACGCGGAGCUCACUGAGACCUACUGCGCCGAGAAGUGGCACUCCCUCUGCAACUUCUUUGUCAAUUUCUGGAAUGGCUGAGGUUGCGGGCCUGGCGGGGGCACUAGGGGCAGGUGCAGCGCAGCCGGGGCGGGAGGCUCCGGGCAUCUCAGAGUGUGGGGAUCGGGAUGGAGUAGGCAGCAUUCCGGAUUCCAAAAUGGGUCAGGGGUCAGGGUGGGGAGAAUCUGAGACAGCAUCUCAAUUCUGAUUUAAGAGCAGAAGAAAUAGUGGAAACGGAUAGGCUUAUGUCAAGUUUGCAAAAAGUGUAGGCUAGGGAGAGAAGCUGAGAAUAGGGAAUGAGUGACUAAAGACGUGCCAAUCUCUCCUGUAAGUGGGAGGCAGUGAAUAUUAACACAUUGUAAUUAAAAUGUAACUGAGUAAGAGCCUGAGCCAGGCUGAACUGUUCAAAGUCUUCUUGGCUGUUCAGCUGACAAGAUGGCUAAUUUUUCUCCCCACCCUCUUUUCUGGAUUGCUAUGAACGCUGGGUGUGACAGUAUUACACUUUCUAUGUGGUUUGAAGCCUUACGGGUAAAAAAAUAAACCCAUGAAUGGAUUAUCAGGACAAUUGCUUUUCCGUUCCUUUAGCAUUGCUACUUUUUAACCGAAUUUUAGUACAUUAACUACCUAAAAUCAGAAGUGAAUUUUAGAAGUUCAGUGCUCAAAUACAAACAAAAAUCCCCGAGCCUUUAUAUCUGAUCACUCUUUUAAAACUCGGAUAAAAUGUAGACAGUUGUUUGGGCCCUUAUCUCCUGCAUAAUAAAAUUUAUUUUUUUCAUUUUUAAUAUGAUCAUCUUUAAUAAAAACUGUCUGAACUUAAA